AUGCAUGUUGGUGGUGUAGCUAGUGCUCACAAUGAUGCAAGAACACAACUUGAGGCUUUUCAAAAUCAACGACAAAGUAUGUCGCAUUUGCUACAAGCACAGGGGCGUGGAAUGAAGGUUGCAUAUCACACUCGAUUAACGACAACUUUAGAUGUUACACGCUUUCUUUUAAAACAAGGUUUGUCUUUCCGUGGACAUGACGAGUCAUUGAGUUCCUCAAAUAAAGGUAACUUUCUUGAAUUGAUUGAGUGGUAUACCCAAAGAAAUGAUGAGGUUGCCAAAAUCAUGAAUGAAAAUGCCCUUGGAAACAAUCAAAUGAAGUCUCCAAUAGUUCAAAAGGAUUUAACACGGGCUUGUGCUGCUGAAGUCACAAAUGUCAUUCUUAAUGAUAUAAAAGAUAAUAUAUUUUCUCUUAUGGUUGAUGAGUAUCGAGAUAUUUCAGUCAAAGAACAAAUGAGAGUUGUUUUAAGAUACGUGAACAAGCAUGAAUGUGUUAUUGAAAGAUUUCUUACUAUUGUAUAUGUGUCUGACACUUCUGCUAUUUCUUUGAAGAAGGCUAUUGAUGAAUUGUUUGCAAAACAUAAGUUGUCAUUAUCAAGAUUGAGAGGUCAAGGAUACGAUGGAGCUUCAAAUAUGCGAGGUGAGUAUAAUGGAUCGAAGGCUCUCAUAUUGAAAGAAAAUUCAUCUGCAAGGUAUGACCAUUGUUUUGCUCACCAACUUCAACUAGUUGUUGUUGUUUGCUAA